GGCUUGUUUCUGAGUCCUGGCACCAGUCUGCUCUGCAAGCAGCGAAAGGUGGAGAGAUUUUCCCCCCUCUCACACUCUUGACUGUCACACACACAUACACACAGAAACACGUAUACACACAUACACGCGACCUGUGACUGAAACGGGACACAUCGAAACGUAACAGGACUAUGGACCUGAGCCUGCGAGAUGCUCUGGGUGGGGGUGGAGGUGGGGUCCCAGGUGGGGCCCCUGCUGAGGCCCUGCUGAAGAGAGACUUUGUGGCCUCACUGGAGAAAGAGAGCUAUGAUGACAAGGUGGGAGAGACAGUCUCCAAGAGCGACUACCGGCCCUUACUGGAUGGAAAGGACACCAAGAGCGGUCCAGGGAUGAUGUCAUCCAUGAUGUCAUCAGGGGGACGCCAAGACCCACCAGGACAGUCUGCCUUCAGCUCUGACUACCUGUCCGGUCCUAUGAUGGGUGGGAGGACAGAUCAAUGGAGCAAGACAAAGGACAAAAGCACGCCUGACUCAUUUCUAGGCUUUUCUCAGUCUGGGAUGGGAGGGACCACGGGGUCCAGCCUGCCACCGUUCCAGACCAGUAUGAGCUCCACUGUCGGCCAGACUGGGAUGGGUUCAGCUAUGGACACCCAGAAGAGUUCGGGCGUAUUUGGUGCGGAAAACAAAACCACCAGUAACACCAGCGGAAGCAAUCUGUUUUCUUCUGGUGGCCCAGGAAUCCACUCUAUGGAUCACUCUGCAGCUCCCAUCCUCUCUCCCAGCAGCUCAGUGGAUGACAGCAGUCUCACUUCCUCCGCCUCCGAACCCCUCAGCCCUGAGAGAGUGGGGCCGGGGGGCGAGGCUGCCAAGCAGCAGCAGCAGAGACGGCGAAAGAAGAAGAGGAAGGGCCACGACCAGGUCUACGACUUCUUGGAUAGCCAGGAGAAUAACAUUGGCCAAUCAGACAAGCAUAAGGGCGGACCGGAGGAGGAUGAGGACGAGGAGGAGAACUGGGAGUGGGAGAUCAGAGAGAGUGGAGGAGGGGGUAGAGUGAAAGGCAGGAAAACUAAGAGUCGGGCAAGACUUCCAGAGGAGUGGGGAGUGCAGCAGCCCAUCUCUCCCACGCUGGCUACAGUCACUCCUACCUGGGCUACAACUGCCAACUCUGGUCCUUCUGACUCCAGAGCUCCAGACUCCUACCACAGCCCUGUUUUGCCCUCUGCCCCUACACAAAUUCCCACAAGUUUCAUUAACCGUUCCCAUACUAGCCUUGCAACAGAUUCAUCUCCACGCUCUUACGAGCCAAUGUGUGUAGACGAUUUCCCUUUGUCUGCUGAAGAUGGUCAAAACCACAAUGACGAGAAAGUUUCGCCCAGCAAACCUGAACCUAAGAGCACAGCUGCUAGUGUUGCCAACAACAGUAGUUUAGGUGAAGAUGUUAGUGGUAGUCUAGCAUUGUUGACAGGGGACAAUCUGAGCCCAGUCUCCCAGACCUUCUCUUUCCUGGAUUCAGUCCUCCAGACCCCUCCAGGCUCCACUCCUGACUCACAGUCCACCACCCCUAUCACUAACACCCCCUCCCUUUCUACGGCUCCCCUGACAAAGUCCACCCCAACAGAAAUCGGCAUCCUUGCUUCACAAGCCGCUUCAGUUUUCAACCCUUCCAAAAGCACUCCAGACCUUGCUCCUGCUUCCGCUUUGUCCACCCACCCAUCACCGUUAGCCGCCGCAGACACACACCCUACAGUAACUGCUGUCGGAUCAUCCCUCAACGUCGAUGCCAAGCCUUUCGUCCCCUCGGCCACGCUCCUAUCCUCCGCAGCCGCACCCAGUACGACUGCACCUGCUCCGGUUGUUAGUGUAGCAGCCGCCACGCCCCUUAGUUCCUCAGCUUCUCCCUGUAAGAAUGAAGCCCCUCCCACAUCACCAUCAUCAGACACUCCCCCAAAAGGUGUAGCCACGACCUUUAGCUCAGCAACAGCCACUCCCUCUCCAUCCAUCACCCCCGCAGCCCCUCCUUCUCUCCCUGCACACUCAGAGCACCAGGAGUCCUCGUCGCCACAGCUCCCCCCGCUGGAAGUGAAAUCUGACAACAAGGACAAGCAGGAGAAGACAGACAAGUUUGACGCCUUUGAUAAGAAAGAGAAAGACGAUCAGCAGAAGAAGGACACUGGUCCGGACAAGAACCAGAAGUCUGAGAAGAUCCUCAAAGACGAGGAGAAGAUGGAGAAGAUGAACGCGGAGAAAAACAACAAGGCCAACGAGAAGGCAGAGAAGGUGGACAAGCCGGAGAAGACCAACAAGGAUGAGAAGAAGGAAGAGGAGAAGAAGCUGGCCGACAAGGGAGGGAAAGGGACAGCCAAGUCUCCAACAGGCAACAGCAGCAAGACCCUGCCCAGCCCUGACAGCAAGAGCAAGCCUGACGUGGGUUCCUCUAAACCAAACUCAGCUAAAUCCCGCCCAUCCACCCUCUCCACCAAUGGCGAGGCCAAACGCCCUUCCCCCACCACAGCCUCAGCCAAUAAAAAAAGCCCUGUACCCAAGGCGACCACACCCACCGCCGCCAAGCGGCCGCCAAACGCAGCUGGCUCCGCUAAGGCUGCCAAGACUCCAGAAAAUGAGAAACGCCCACCUGUGCCAAAGGCCACGCCCACACCCCGUGCGACUGCCAGUAAGAAUGGCUCCUCUGCGACUGCUGCAAGUAACCCUGCUGCGAGCAAGAAUGACAAGACUGAGAACAAGACAGGCGAGGCCAAGAAACCCAAGACUACAGCCCGUCCUCGCCAAGCCUCCACCACCACUCCUGCUGCCUCCACUAACGGCGAAUCCUCUCACCGCCGCCGUGUCAUCACUAAACCCCCCGUGCCCAAGCAGACCCCAAUGGAGAAGAAGCCGGCGGUGCCGCGUGCUCCUCGAACCCCCCGGCCCAUCAACGCUCCAACACCUGACCUGAAGAACGUCCGCUCCAAGAUCGGAUCCAUUGACAACAUCAAGUACCAGCCUGGCGGAGGAAAGGUCUCCUCCACCCCGAACAACAAGGCGUCGGACCCCUCCACCCCUGCCGCCAAGGCCAGAGUUCAGAUAGUGCACAAAAAGCUGGACUUCAGCCAUAUCACGUCUCGCUGUGGCUCCAAGGACAAUAUCAAACAUGUCCCUGGAGGUGGCAAAGUCCAGAUCCUGCAUAAGAAGGUUGAUCUGAGCAAGGUGACGUCCAAAUGUGGCUCAAAGGACAACAUCAAAUAUAAGCCAGGUGGAGGUGAUGUGAAGAUUGAGACCCAUAAGCAAAACAUUAAGACUAAGUCUAAGAUUGGAUCCAUGGACAACGUGGGGCCGGGCAACGGACAGACCAACGGACACAAGGAGGAGAAAACAGAGAAGACAUCUUCACCCCCGAGUGGCGCUCCGACAACUGGAUCAGCAGGUGUUGCUAAGGCAACAGCACCAGGAGGUGUUGCUAAGGAGAAUGGGGUGAAGGAGCCCACACCUACUCCUUUCGGGGGAGACGGACUGAGGGAGCAUAGCAUAGACAAACGCAUCACUGAGACAAAUUGAGUCCCAGUGACCUGUAGAUUUUGGUGGGACACGCAUGGCACUCGCCGACCUGCCAAUCGACCGAACAACCAACCUACCACGGCGCAGUCACCUCCCUUUGGCCCCGCCCUUCAUCUCGCUCCACCGCAGCACCGAACCGACCGAUCGCCUCUCAGUGUUUCUCUGGGGUCUGCCUGCCAGCUUCCUGCUACCAACCCUGACCUUUAACCUCUCAACGGUUAAACCUUUGGCCCUGCCUACCACAGAGAACAGCACCUGCUGUUUGUCUGUGUUUCUGUGUGCGGAGUUCCACCAGCUUCUCGACUGAUAAAAUUCCCUUGUAAACACUAAUUUAGAGGACUCAAACCCCAAAUUUAACAACACCAACGCAAUAAACCCUCUGUUGUAGUCAAUGCUGUAUGGAAGUAUACUGAGCAUAGCCAGUUUUUAAAUAUUUUACACAUAUAAGUGUAAUUACUGUUUUAACACGUGUUCUUAUAGUGCAAACACCCUGCCUCAGAACUUAGUCUAAUCUAUGGUCCCUCCUACAGGCCUUCACAAUUCAAAACCACUUUGAUCUUCAAAUCUUGCUAGCAGGCUUAUGCUAAUGCUACUAUUUUCCCCACCUCCAUUCCCAGUCCUUGUCCACCUAGCCCCAGACCACACUAACCAGCCGAGGGCCUGCUACCAGUCAGCAGCAGGGCAAAGUCUGCUUUAAAUCAACACGUUCCAGCCUCCCAGCCAGCCAGCGAUUAUUUCCGUAUCUCCAGCACUGCACGUUGUCACGUUAUAGGUACUUCUACAGCUCACUCAUCAAACAUUAUCUCCCAUUACAUCUCUCGGUAUCAUUGCACCAGUUUGUCUCACCCAAAUGUAUUACAAUAAUGCUUCUUUAUCUCUGGACUAUAUCAUGAUGCUCACCAUUAGCAGUGAUCGGUGCAGAGGACACGGGCUUAUGUAGAGGAGAGAGGAUGCAUUUGGAGACGUUUGGAAAUAGAUCUAAAGAAUGGAAAUAGAUCUAAAGAUAAUGUUCAGAGUCAGUGCUGAAGCGUUUAGGAUGUCAGGCAGUUCCUGUGUUUAGAAAAGAUGCAUUCAUCAACAGUACAGGCUAUAACAAAGCAGAUGACUUUUACCACAAUUAGAAACAUCACUUAAUGAUGUGAUGAGUAGGCGUAAAGUGAUGGGGGAGCUCUGUGGCUUCUCUGGGUAGCCUUGCCUCAAAAAGGAUUUGGCACUGAACACUUUACAGGUAUUUGAUCGUGAAGCCAAAUAAGUUAAGAUCACAGUAUUGAACCUUGAAGAGUGAUUACAAAUUCAAGCUAAAGGAGUGAUCUUGAACAGAAGUAUUUUUUAACCCUUUAUGAUAAGUGAAGUUAAACUUUUAGCUGCUGCACCUUUUUAGGCGUUAAUGCACAGUACACUGUAUGUAGCACUUCUCUAAUUGUGGACAGUGUGAACAACCAUGUCACAGGCUGCUGGGUAAAGACCCGGUCACGCCAGCACUUGAAAUGGCAAGAUUUUAUGGCAAAAAAAAACAAAUUAUUACAAUGGAAUUGGGAGGGUAAGUGAUCUUGCACAUGCGGUGAAAGUGAAACCGUGUAAAAUAUUCACAUCAUUGUAUUUGUUGACCCCAACUAGAUGGUGCUCUUGGUUUGAAGAAAAAGGCUCAAGGAAUGGUAAUUCUGUGCGCUUUCAACCCUUUGUUGAACAGAGAGCGCCAUCUAGUGGGCUCAGAAAAUAAAGAAAAUGGUCCAUGAAGCUAGCCAUCACUAGUAAACGGCACAGUAAAGAGUAAAUGUGGGGGGGGAAUCUGUUGUGACUGACUAGGCCAGGAUGUUCUCUGCUUGCCAGAGUCUUACUGUCUUACAGCUAUAUUUGUUUUACAACUUGCCCUGUUAUUAGUCCCCUACGUCACCAAGCUGCUAGGACCACAUGAUUCGGGAAGACGAAUGAAUUUCACCAUGUCAUAUUCUGGUGUGAUCGGGCCUUAAUUCACUAACACAAUAUUCUUUCAUUUGGAUUCACAUUAGCUUCACAAAGUUGUUCCCUCACUGUCUAAUCGCUUGGUCCCAAACCGUAUCGUUCUGUCCUGAGCUGUGUCCAGCAUUUUACAGUUCACAUGUGGCUAUAAGAGACAGACAGACGGACUGCGCCUUCUUUCUCUCGCGCAUGUGGUACGUCGUGGUCGUGUAACAGAACCGCACCCUCUUUUAAGUCCUCCCACUAGCUGGUGCGUCUUAGAAUCCUCUCUGUGAGACCUGCUAACUUUCUUCACACACAAACACACUUGCACAUAAGCACAUAUAUAUAUAUAUAUAUACAGAAAAGCACACACAUGCUUGUUAGUGUGCAUGCAUGCACACAUACACACACUGGCACACACACAUACACAGGAAUCGGCACAUAAACACGUACAAUAUAAUACACACAAAUCCGCACCCUAAAAUAAAAACGGUAUGCUAUUCAUAGAAGCAUUUGUCUGUUAAUAAAACCAACUCUUUAUUGUAUUUUGGUGGUCUAUGCUGAUAUUGUUAAAAAAAAUGAUGCGCUGUGUCGGUGUGUUGUUCCUAUCAUAGUCAUUGUCUGGCUUUUUUUUAUGUUUUUAUCAUAGGUUCACCUCAUCCCGCCUCCUUUUCGUCUGUUUCCUCGUCCUGUGUUUCACUCCGACUCUCUGACAGCAAUACAGUGAUCUUAGUUGAGAACGCAUCCUGUCACGUGCGCCUACACGUGACAGAGACCGAGAACGACCACAGAAGUUGACAGGUAGUUAAGAGAGUUCACUUGCAGGAAGUGUCAAUCAAAGGGAAUAAUGCUACAUUCAUGGCAAGUCUGAAGUUGGCAUUUUCUUUGCAACUUUUUUAAGUUAAUUUACAAGAGACUGUUCUGUAGAUUGAACCUGCUAAGAGCUACUACCAAGCCACUUUAGGUGACUUCUGCACAGAAGCAGAUGAUCAAGAUGAUCAUGUUUCUAAUUAUCUAGUGUGUCUAGCACAUAUUUUACUUCUAAAUAAAAACCUCUGUAGUGUAAAUAGAUGGAAGUAACUAGAUUUUUUUUUUUUUUUUUUUUUUUUUUACUUUUGUUGAGCUUUCUCUUGUUAAUUGUUUUGUAUAGUAUAUUACUGGAUGUACAAAAAAAUAUUAAAAUUCUCAAAGGUAAAAAAAAUAUUAUUUCACUACACUGGACAGCAGGAACUGUCCGGCUCCAAAAUGUCAUGAAUGCAGCAGUAUUUCAGCAAGGAAGAAGCAAGAAAGGCCUGCAAAUACUGUCAUUGGGACCAUCCAGUUUUCUUUCUAGUGAACAAAUAUGUACUUGUAAAAUAGAGAUCCACAGGUUAAGGGUUUUUUUUUCCAUUAAAAUGGUCGUAGUACAUUCAGACACAAAGAAAAUCUAAAUUAAUGGUUGAUGAGGAAAAUUACUUUUCUGUCUUAUUGAUCUUGUGUGGAGAAAAGACGCAACUCUCCAGCCCGUUUGCAUUGUUUUAGGAAAAGCAUUGUGUCAUUCAGAAAAAUGAGCAUAGAAGCAUCUAUCUUAAUGGAGAAGUCCCCAUCUACUCCCUGUAAUUCUAUGCAUUAUGCAAUUAACGCUGGGAUGGUCUCUGCUAAAACUAUGAAGGAUUAGUGACGUGUUUGUGGGGUGUUGCCGUAGUUGUCAGAUGUGUGAAGUGUUACUACUGCAUCCAUCCUGUAGAGAGCGCUGCUUAGCCUCUAGAACACUGAUAGUCUGGCUCUGAGACUUAACUAAGACUUAAGGCUGACUGAGAAACCUUACAUCACCAUUAGAGAAGCUUUAGUCGAGUUACAUACUGUUCUCAUUUAAACUACUUUUGAUGGUUACACUAUAUUAUUGUAUCUGGAACACUAAAUACGAUCAAAAUCAUAUUAAUUAUGUACAGUUCCCCUUCAAACUUAAAAGUCUUGUGCACUUUGAACACAGUCUUGUUCAUUUCUUGAUGCAUUGAAGUGAUGUAUAAGUUGCUUCACUGUAAACUGGUAAAACAUUGUCAGCUGUGUACUGUAAAUGUGUGCUUUUGGGAGCAUAACAGUCUUGGUAGUUAGAUAAAGUUAUGAUAAUCAAAGAAAAAGUUAUCAAAUAGUCAACAAUAAAGACUAGGCAUCUAAAAGCACUAUUUAAGCAUAUUUAAUAUUGUACUGUCCCUCCAAAUCAUUCCCAUGAGUUGCCCAUAAGUAAACAAAAGAUACAUGCAAUAUGUGUGGAUCAUAUGUGAAAGCGAAGAUGUGAAUUCUUCUUUGGGAAUAGAGGGACAAAGGGAUGAAAGCACUUUGAUAGGUGUAGACAUUGGUUUGUGCAUAUAACAGAGGAACAAGUUGUAGUCUUAAGCUUAGUGUAAGGGUAUGUUAUCAUAUGACGGGAUGACCUGAUGUUGUGUAUCUUGAAUGGCACAUGGGUACCCCUUUAUCUUGGUCAGCUUAGUGGAUUUUAGUGGAGCUUUGGUCAUCGGUGUUGUGCUAUUGUAUUGGCUAUGAUGGUUAAACACUCACCUCUCCAGUCUGCCCUCUUGUCGUUCCUGUCAACAGUCACUGCUUAUUACUUUCUGACCAAGCUACAAACGCAUAUUUCCUGAGUGGGCAGGUGGCAGUUUAUAGUCAGUUAAAGUAAAGGAUAAGUAAGGACAAAUAGUUGUACAUAAAUGACAAAGAUGCGUUUGAGGUCAUUUAGAAGCAGUGACAGCAUUAGAACGUCUACUUUUUAACAAAAAAAAAAAGCCCUGCUAAUCUUGGUCAACCCAACUCUUUUACAACCAAAUUUAAGGGAUCCUUAUGAAAAUCUUUUGUUUAUUUACAAAAUCAGCCAAAUUUAUACAUCAUUACCAAAUAUAAAAACAUUGAUAUUGGUAUAUGCCUCAAAAUUCUAGUAUGGGUCAGUUCAUACUUUACAUUCUGUAUGCUAUAGGAACAGCGCACAAAGCUGUCAAAUAGAGGAAAUUGUGGUUCCAGUCUGCCCUUCCUGACCAUUCAGAUAUUCAGUAAGAAGACCAAUGGGCCACCUUAUCCCUUAAAGUUAAGGUUUACGUUAUCAUUGAGGAUAUGAUUAGGUUUAAGACUAAAUUCAAGCUUUUAGUACUCAGUAGUAACCAGUAUGGUUAUUUGUGGAAUAAAGUUAACAUUGCAACUUUGCAGCUUGGGCAAAAGGUAAUAACCAGAGUGACUCUGAUGUCUGUUCACAACUGUUUGAAUCCCCAGUUAUAGCGCUUGAACACCACCCUUCCACUAGUAUCUCACGCUGUCCCUUGUAUAUAGUUUCCACCAUGUUUUUAUCACUCCAGAAGUAACUCUAAUUAAUUAAAAUUAAACAAAAAAAAGAAAGAAAAAAAAUCGUACUUCUUAACAGGAUGUUGUGGAUGUUGACAGAUGAGCUUUCACGUUCAUAAACCUGUUACCAUUGAGGUUAAUAAUGGUAUUAUUAUAAGAUUGAAAGCAUAAGAAAGGGAAAGUGUACUUCUUUUGUUUUUCAGAAUCUGCCUUUUUUCCGCCAAGAAAAGGGCUGCUGAAGUUUCAAGAAUGUUUUUAAACUGUAUUAAAGAUGCAAGAUUAUGAAUACA